GAGAGAGAGAGAGAAAGAGGGAAGGGUAGAGGGUCAGACUGGCACUCUUAACUUCACCCACAGCUGCUGCAACUCCAGUCUAAUCCCUGCUUUCCAACUGUACAGACAAGAUGAUGCUGGGAGGAAUAAGUGGAAUGGCUACUAGCAAGACACCGAGGUCUUCCAAAACAGGCUUCCUGUUUUUUCUACUAAUGCAAAUGAGUCUGCUGUGUGUAGUGAGGCCUCAGGAUCCCAUCACAACAGCAUCUACAACGUCAUCAUCAUCAUCAUCAUCCACUUCUCCAACAUCUUCAUCUUCCUCAUCAUCAUCAUCAUCAUCAUCAUCAUCAUCAUCUCAGUCUGCCAGUACAGGUCUGAGCUCCUCUACUGGACAGACCACAUCUAUGGCCUCGUCCAUCUCUUCAGUGACUUCAUUCAGCACAUACACUUCCUCUAACUCUACGAUGUUAUCUGGCAACAGUACAGGUAACGCAACAACAGGAAAUUUCUCUAUGACAUCCUGUCCAGCAUUUGUUUGCACUUCAGAUUGCUACAACCAGUACAUCAAUACGACAGCGAAGCCCUGCCCAUUGAAUUCUAACUACUGUGAGAUAACAAUCAAAUCGGACGCUAGUUACUCCGUCGGCUGCAGUAACAUGUGUGGUAUGUCCUGUGGGAACACGACUCUAAGCAAUUGCACUUUGAGCUGCUGCAACACAACCAACUGUCUCUACAACACCAUGGUGAACAUCUCCAAUCCAUUCAGCACUGCAGCAACAACGUCCACCAGCACUACUUCAACCACGAAGUCCACUGCUGCAACCACCCCAGCCAACAAUGGCAAGAAGUGUAAUAUCAUCAACUGUAAUGGAGCAGCAUGUUACAAAACCGCAUCGAAUGCACCAAACUUCUGUCCCGUGGGUCAGGAUUACUGCAUGCUGAAGAAGACGGUCUCUGGCACGAGCGAGGCCUGGGAGGCCGGCUGCAGUACAGAUUGCAGAAAGAUGACCGCCUGCUCCACCUCCGUCACUGGCUCCUGCUACCUGGAGUGCUGUAACGCCACUGCCAGCACCUGCCUGAAGCUGACAGGUGAUGUGAACAUGCCCAGCUCCGCCACCAGAAGUCCUCAGUCUCCCGCGCUCAUCGUGGCCUCCAUACUGCUCCUCUGGAUAGUCAGAGUCUUUACUUGAGUACAACAAAGUCACGUUUAAAGGCAUUCUUCACCCAAAAGCUAAAAAAUUGAUUCACUAGAAGUUUUCCUGCCACAGAUUUGUUGGAGUUUCUUUCCUCUGUUGAACACAAAAGAUAAUAUUCUGAAGAAUGCUGGAAACUGGGAACCAUUAGCUUCUGUUUUUGUCCUACUUUGGGCCCUAUCAUGCACCGGGCAGAAUGCAAAGCCAGGCACUAAGCAAAUGUUUUUUUUUUGGUAGUUUAAGCCUGGAUCAGGUAUCAUUUUUAUGUUCUGUGUCAUGUUGUUAAAAUAGCAAAUGUAUUUGCAGCCAUUUGUCCACUCAUUGUUGGCAUGUUGCUAUUUUAAGGCAACUGAAAUAGACCACACCAUUGACAGUCAACUAAAAGCAGCUCUAAAGUCAUUCACACAGUUUUUAUUUUGUUAUUUAAAGAGUGUGUUAGUGAUAGGCGACGCCACAACACUCCUAAACUUUGCUUAUUACAGACACAGGGAUGCGCAGCAGCACACAAACAUAUUAAUAUAUGACAAAUUCAAGAAAUAAAAUGCUAAAGAUCAUUACAGUCAAUAAAAAUUCCUACAUAAUGUCAUAAUGGAUAGAUAUUGCAUGUACCAGACAUAACUAAUUAAGGCAAUAAAGACAGAAUUAAGACAAUAAUGUAUUUUUGGACAUUUGUGCACUCAUGGGUUAAGGCUCAUUGUUGGCAUGUUGCUAUUUUAAGGCAACUGAAAUAGACCACACCAUUGACAGUCAACUAAAAGCUGCUCUAAAGUCAACGACACAGUUUUUAUUUUGUUACUUAAAGAGUGUGUUAGUGAUAGGCGGCUCCACAACACUCAUACACUUUGCUUAUUUCAAGCACAGGGAUGCGCAGCAGCACACAAACAUAUUAAAAUAUGACAAACUCAAGAAAUUUUUUUUUUAAAGAUUAUUACAGUCAAUAAAAAUGCCUACAUAAUGUCAUAAUGGAUAGAUAUUGCAUGUACCAAACAUAACUAAUUAAGGCAAUAAAGACAGAGUUAAGACAAUAAUGUAUUUUUGGACAUUUGCGCACCCAUGGGUUAAGGUUCAUUGUUGACAAGUUUCUUUUUUAAGGCAACUGAAAUAGACCACACCAUUGACAGUCAACUAAAAGCUGCUCUAAAGUCAGUGACAACAGUGGGUUAUUUAAAGAGUGUGUUAGUGAUAGGCGGCUCCACAACACUCAUACACUUUGCUUAUUACAAGCACAGGGAUGCGCAGCAGCACACAAACAUAUUAAAAUAUGACAAAUUCAAGGAUUAAAAUGUUAAAGAAUAUUACUGUAAAUAAAAAUGCCUGCAUAAUGUCAUAAUGGAUAGUCAGUGCAUGUAUCAAGCAAAACUAAUCAAGGCAUUAAGGACCACAAUUUUAGACUAUGCAUCAGAUGCACUGAUCAUUGUUCCUCCUCCUUAAAAUUGCAAAAGUGGAUUCGGAUACGCUCUAAGUGCUCCUGUGCCAUUUUCUAUAGAUCAUGGGCUUAUAUCGUUAAAGUACAGCUGUAUGGAUGUCAACGGUUUCUGACAUUCUUCAAAAUAUCUUCUUUUGAGUUCAACAGAAACAAAACAAAUAAAGGUUUGUGGGUGAACUAUCCCUUUAAUAGGCAAUCCAGGGAAGCAGCAGUUUUCAUGUUAGGAGAGUGUGCGUGUGUUUUAAAGCUGCUUGUACUUCUUUUACUGUCACUUUUACAUGAUUUAAGCGAAUGAAGGUGUUUGUGUGAGAAGCAGAAUGUGUGUAUGUGUGUAUAUAUAUGUGUAUAGAUGCCAAAAUUAUACAUAAUAAAAGCUUCACUAUGGGCAUCCCUAGAGAGUUAGUGUAUGUCAGAUGGAAAAUGUUGGAUAUCAGAGUUAGACAGAAUAUAUUAACAAACGUGAGGCUUUCUUCAGAUAUCUACUGAAUGAUGAAUCUUUGAUUAAUUCUUGCUUUCUUUUUGUUAAUGGAUAAUGUUCUAGGACAGAAAUGACAGUAGCGUUACUCUAUUUUUCCCAACUGCAAAACUGUCAAACACAUAACACAAAAAAUAUAUGUGAAGAAUAAGUGCAGGAAGUGGCUUCAUUUUAACGCUGUACAUUUGCACAGGCUUUCUUAGAGUGCAUGUGUGGAUGAUUUUCGAUUACAGUCAAUCACAGAGUUAUGCGAAGCUUCAUUUUACAUGUAUUUUGUUUGGUUUUUGAGCAUUUAAAGGGAUAGUCCACCUAAAAAUGAAAAUAUUGUCACCACUCGUUUCAAACCUGCUUUGCUUUCUCUCUUACAAAUGUAGUUGAAGUUAUUUUGCAAGAGAAGAAGAUAUUUUGAAGAAAGUUGAAAACCUGUAACCAUUGACUUCCAUUGUAGGAAAGAUAAAUACUAUGGAAGCCAAUGGUUACCACUAAUCUCUCUUACAAAUGUAGUUGAAGUUAUUUUGCAAGAGAAGAAGGUAUUUUGAAGAAAGUUGAAAACCUGUAACCAUUGACUUCCAUUGUAGGAAAGAUAAAUACUAUGGAAGCCAAUGGUUACCAGUCUUUAGCUUCCUUCAAAUGUAAAUAUAUAGCGCAUUUAUCAUGUAUGUAAACCUGUAACCAUUGACUUAUAUUAUAGAAAAGAUACAUACUAGGGAAGUCAAUGGUUACUAGUGUUCAGCUUCCUUCAAAUGUAAUGUGUUAUUAUAUAGCGCAUUUAUCAUAUGUGAAAAUCUGUAACCAUUGACUUCUACUGUAGGAAAGACAAACACUAUGGAAGUCAAUGGUUACCGGUCUUCAGUUUCCUUCAAAUGUACUGUAAUGUUUAAUUAUAUAGCACAUAUAUCAUAUUUGACAACCUGUAACUAUUGACUUCCAUUGUAGAAAAGAUAAAUACUAUGGAAGUCAAUGGUUACCGGUUUUCAGCUGCGUUCAAAUGUAAUUAUAUUGCGCAAUAAUCAUGUAUGAAAACCUUCAACCAUUGACUUCCAUUGUAGAAAAGACAACCACUAUGGAAGUCAAUGGUUACCGGUUUUCAGCUUCCUUCAAAUGUAAUGUAAUGUAAUGUAAUGUGUAAUUAAUUAGCACAUUUAUCAUGUAUAAAAACCUGUAACCAUUAACUUCCAUAGUAUUUUUCUUUCCUACAAGAAAGACAAAUACUAUGGAAGUCAAUGGUUACCGGUUUUUCAGCUUCCUUCAAAUGUAAUGUAAUGUAAUGUAAUGUGUAAUUAAUUAGCACAUUUAUCAUGUAUGAAAACCUGUAACCAUUAACUUCCAUAGUAUUUGUCUUUCCUACAAGAAAGACAAAUACUAUGGAAGUCAAUGGUUACCGGUUUUUCAGCUUCCUUCAAAUCUAAUGUGUAUAUAGCGCAUGGAUCCUAUAUGAAAACCUGUAACCAUUGACUUUCAUUGUAGGAUUGACAAGUACUAUGGAAGUCAAUAGGUACCAGUUUUCAGCUUCUUUGAAAUGCAAUGUGUAAUUAUAUUGCGCAAUUAUCAUGCAUGAAAACCUGUAACCAUUGACUUCCACUGUAGGAAAGACAAAUACUACGGAAGUCAGUGGUUACCGGUUUUCAGCUUCCUUCAAAUGUAAUGUAAUGUGUAAUCAUAUAGCGCAUUUAUCAUGCAUGGCCAUCCACCCAAAGCGCUUCACAAUCAUGAGAGGGGGUCUCUUCACCCCACCACCAGUGUGCAGCAUAUGGUGUGAAAAGAUCAAUGGGGAUGAUUGGGAGGCCAUGAUGGAGGAAAUGCUGUGGAAUUUUUAUUGAACACAGAGGGUCAGGACAUCUGUUUGCAUGAUGCUCACUGACAGUAUAGUGUCCCCUUCACUAUACUGGGGCAUUAGGACUCACACAGGCUACAGGUUGAGCUCCCCCUGCUGGCCUCACUAACACUGCUUCCAACAGCAACCUAUGUGGUCUGCCAUUCAGGUACUGACCUGUCUCAGCCCUGCUUAGCCUUCAGCGAGUAACCGGUCUUUGGCUGCAUGGUGAUAUGGCUGUGAAUGUUGAUCUUCUUUUAUGAAACUCAUACCUACUGGAGAUAAAGUAAACAGUGAGUCAAUUUUCAUUUUCGAGUGAACUAUCCCUUUCUUUAAAAGCUAUUUUGUAUUCUACGUUACUCUAAAUACUUCCAAAGAAUAUUUUUCCAAUGCUCGGAUAAUCCAACUGGUAAUAUAAAUAACAAAUUGGUUGACCAAUCAGGCAGAUUCCACCCUAAAGCACAUGCAAACCAGUUAAUGCCAAACACAGGGAUUAUGCACUUUACAUGGAAAUUAGACAAUGUGAACAUUAAAUUAUAAUAUUGGACGUAUGAAACCAGUGGGUAAAUCCAUGCUCUUAAACAUAAAGCUUUAUUUUGUAUGAAGAAAUGUUUAUUAUUAUGUAAGUGUACAUAUAGAAGAACAAUAUAGUCUCUGUGCUGAUUUUCUUAACAUAAUAACACUGCUGAUGAAGUAAUCAAGCUCAUGAUUAUUGAUGUUUGUUGCUCUGUACUGCUUUAUUCUGAAAAUGCGGAUUUGUUUAGUCAUACGAGAUGAUAAGCAGCUUAAUAAUUGCUUUUGGAAUUAUUAAAUAAAUAAAUAUAUUCUCAGCA